UAAAAAGCCGGCCAUUACAAAGUUAAUUUUAAAUAGGUUUACUCCAGUUCACUUUUAAAUUACGUCUGAAAAAUAGAUUGUUGUUUUAUUAAAAACCUAAAUACCAAAGAUACGAAUUGAAUUGAUAGUAAAUAUAAAAGUCGGGGAUUGAGCUUACAUUACAAUAAUUUUUGUUUUGCAGUCAAUUAUAAAAUAUCGAAAGUUAUGACGUCGUUUACACAGUAUAUUGUUGGUGCUUGCAUAGUCGGGCUCGGUGGUUAUCUUUAUUACUAUAUCAAAAGUUACGAAAUGGCAUCAAAAGAAGAUUAUAAAAAAGCAAAAUCAAUAUAUGAUUUCACAGUUAAAGACACAUAUGGCAAUGAUGUAUCAUUAGAAAAAUAUAAAGGACAUGUUGUUCUUAUCGUUAAUAUUGCAUCACAAUGUGGACUAACAAAAACAAAUUAUAAACAACUUACUGAAAUAAAAGAAAAAUAUUAUGAUCAAGGAUUGAGAGUUCUUUCAUUUCCAUGUAAUCAAUUUAAUUCACAAAUGCCAGAAGAUGAUGGUGAAGCAAUGGUUUGUCAUUUAAGAGAUGCUAAAGCUGAUGUUGGUGAUGUUUUUGCUAAGAUUGAUGUUAAUGGUCCAAAUGCUGAUCCACUAUAUCAAUAUUUGCAACACAAGAAAUCUGGUACAUUUUUUGAUGCUAUCAAAUGGAAUUUUACCAAAUUUUUAGUUAACAAGGAAGGUAUACCAGUUAAACGUUAUGCACCAUAUACUGAACCAAAGGAUAUUGCAAAGGAUAUUGAAAAAUUAUUAGAAUAAACAUUAUUUCUAAGAAAUUUUUUUUUUUUUAAAUAUUUAAGAAAUUUGUAUCCUUUGGAAACUCAAACGUAUUAUGCAUUUAUUUCUCUCUUUUUUUACUAUUCUUUGUUGUAUAUUCUUUUGUAUUCAAAUAAA